AUGGAAGGAAGGUACAGCCAAGUUGACGAAGACCCAAAGCCACAGGAAGGAGAGGCUUCAGAGGACAGGGCAGUUUCUGACCCACCAGAGUGUGACUCACAGGAUCCGAUAGGACCAGAGCCUGAAGACUCGGCCCCUGAGCCUGACCCUUCCCUUAGUGGUGAGGAUGAAAACUCCCUGGAUUCUGUGCAAGACAACUCUGCUCAGAUGCCAGUGAAUACUAACCUCUCCAACCUCAACACGUCAGAAGACAUGGAGGAUGAGGAGCCACUGCUGGAGGAGGAAGAGGAGGAAUUUCUUGUUCUUGAUCCUGAACAUCCCCUGGUCAGAAGGCAGCAAGCUGCUCUGAACAAACAGCUGAGAGAGGAGCUGGAGAGGAUCGAGAUUCAGAUAAAGGAAAAACUGGGAGUUGAGAAGACAGAGGCCAGCCUCAUACAGGAGAAAGGUUUAAAGAUUUUCAGGAUUCAGGAGCAGCUGGCCAGACUCCACACAAGGCUGGAGGAGCAUCAUCAGAACAGGGAAAAGGCGGAAAACGAAUAUCAGCAGGCCCAGGAUCAGCUGGAGGCAGGGAAUAGAUACUUUUCCAACAUUAGCAGCCAGCACAGCAGAGCCAAAGCUGAUGUGUCCCAGCUACAGGAAGAGGUCGACAACUUGUCGCUGCACCUCGUCUUCGCACAGAGAGCCUGUGAAGAUCUGCAUUCUGAAGUCAAAGCAAAUAGGACCACCAGACGCAAAGCGGGAGCCGAGAAGAAUCAGGCUGAAGAACAGAAACUGAAGCAGGAUUUAUAUGUGGAGCGUCUGACGAAGGAACUGGAGAGGCUGACUCAGCAGGUUGCCAUGUAUGAGUCCAAGGCCAGUGCUCAAGCAGAGGAGACACAGGCAGCCAGACAGGUCCUCUCUGAGGUUGAGAUGGAGAUGGAGUCUCUGGUGAUGAUGCGUAAACAGCUGCUGCAGCUGUGGAACAGCAGCGUGUUGAGCUUGAGGAGACGCGAUGAAGACCUCAGCAAGAUGCAGGAGGAUGUGCGCACAAAAGAGGACCAGGUGAUCUUAUUGGACGGAGAGAUUGAAGGCUUCAAGAAAUCCACCACUGUAGAACAGGAGAAAAAUGAGGCACUGACUCUGCAGCUGAACAGGGUCCUGAUGGAUGGAGCCACCUCCAGAAAGCUGAUCAGUCAGAAACAGGCCCAGCACGAGGCUCUACAGGCAGAAUACAGCAUCUGCAUCCGCAUCCUGAACGACUCCGAGAACACCCUCGACAGGCUCACGAAGGAAACCAGCAGCCACCAGACUCAUCUGAAUAAUCAGAGGAGGCAGUUGGAGAAAGAGAAUGCUGUGCGUCUGGAGCUGGAGGACAAGAUCAUGACCCACAUUCAGCAGAAGCUUACCCACAACAAGGCUGCCAAGUACUCCCAAAGGCUCACCAGCAACAAAGCUGAGCUCAAGAAAGAAAAGAUCUCACAGCUGUGGCAGCUUGAGAAUGAGGUGGUGACAGUCGGACUGGAGAUCAUUGAGGUCACCCAGCAUCUGGAAAGCCUCUCCGUCACUCAGGAAGCCCUCGAUGAGGAGAAAGCAAAGUACCAAAGAAUGAUCACGUCCAACCAGGCCCAGAUUACUCUCUUCAAUGCACUGAUUGAAAAGAAGGAGACCACCAUUGCCAACUACAACAGAAAGAUCAGUAAAAUUACAGCCAGCACUGGGAAUGAAGACCUAAGUCCUCUGCAAAUCAAGGUGGAUGCGUUGAAGGCUGCUAUCGAGGAGCUCGCAGCGAAUAUCAAGAUUGACCAGCAGCUCUGGAUGAAACGUCAGACGACUCUAGUAGGACUGACGCGGGAGAUAGAGGCCAACAGCAAGAACAUGCAUAAACUGCAGAUAGAGCACACUGUCAUGCAGCAGAAAGAAAUACAUUUCAAGAAUCAGAUUGAAGCAGAGCACCAAGAGCAUAGGGAUCUGGAGAAGAACACGAAGAUGCUGAGAGAAGACCUGCUGAAGCUCAACUACAUGCUCAGCAAGAACGGGCAGCUCAGCCAGGCACUGGAGAAGGAGAAUGUGCUGAUGGAGUCAGAUUUUCUGCGGAGACUUAAGGAAGCAGAGCGGGACUCAGUGGAGAUCCAGAUGACGUAUGAGAAGACCCAUGAUGAGAAAGAAAGACUCCUCAACAGUCUGGUGGAAGCUGAGCGGAAGAUCCUGCUGUGGGAGAAGAAGAUCCAGCUUGUCAAAGAGACUCGUUCAGCUUUGGACUCUGACGUGGUCCAGGGUGAAAUCCAGAUGAUGAAGGCUGAGAUACAUCGUAGUGAGGCCCAACUCAACCAACUAAAGAGGCAGCAGGAGCAGUUGCUGAGGGAAAGUGAAGAGACAGUGGUGAGGAGGGAGACUAUUGCUAACCGUAGAAAGGCCAUGGUCCACAGCUCACAAAAACAGGCUACAAAAGGUGAGCUUAGCCGCCAAGCACAAGGCCUGAGGCGCAAGAUCAAGGACCUGCACAAGCAUGUGGCUGAGUGUGAGCAGGUGAUCAAGGACCAACAGGAGAGCCAGGGGUAUCUGGCUGACGCGCUUGCACAGCAGAAGCAGCGGCUGAUAGAACUGUGCAGCACCAGCCGCACCCUGGACCAUGAAAUUGUUGCUCUCGAGGACACUAAAGUCAGGAACUUAGACCACCUGUUGAUUCUACAGAACCGGGCUAAGAAGCUGCUGGGGGUGUGCGAGGGCCGCUACAAGGCUUCGUCCACCAGGGAGUCAGUCAGAGCAGCUCUGCAAACCCAGACUGAGCAUGUGCACGCUACCUCUGCCAUCUUGCACCGAGUUUGUGAAGAGUUCCCCCAGCACCAGGGGCCACUCCGCAGGCUAACGUUAGCGUUGGCAGGUCGUGCUCAGGCAAUUUGA